UACUAUCUUUAGCCAAUGUAUAUUUAUACAUUUCAAAGACAGAUUUCUCUACUGUUGUCACAAGUGUGACAACAAGGCAACAAAACCAUGCGUUGAUGCAUGAAACAAGAAAACAAUCAUGCCUUUUGUCAUGAUCAAUUGCCUACAUAGGAACUGCUUUAAUAUUCAGUUAUGUAUUGAAGCAAAGAUCCAGGCAGCCCUAUAAACUGCAGAAGAAACUAAGCAUAUUCUUUGCUUUGGACUGUAUUAAAGACUUGCAAAAUAAAAAGGAAUUCAAACAGCGCUUCCUGUAUCAAUGACCAGCAUGCUUGUCCAGGUGGAAGAGAAAUCUUUUAGUGUGGAGAAGACUUUGUUAGUAGAAAACAGUGAGUACUUUCGUGCUCUUUUUGAAUCUGGAAUGAAGGAAAGCAGACAGGAUGAAAUCAAAAUCCAGGGCUUAACGAAUGAGGGAUUCUGCCUUAUGCUUAGCAUUUUAAGAGGUGAGCGUCCUGUUUUGAGCUGUGAUGAAAUCAUUUUUGCUGUUGAAUGUGCUGCAUUUUUGCAAGUUAAAUCGCUGACUAAGUAUCUAAUUAACUCUGUCAACUCUGAGAACUGCCUUGUGAUGUUCGAAGCUGCUGCCACUUACGGCUUGUUGGAUUUGUUUCAUACAGCAGCUCUGUUGAUCAGAGAUAUUUACUCCAAGCUAGAAAAUGAUUUAGACUGCCUCCCAGAAGACUUGAUAAGUUAUAUAGAAUCCCUUGUUCCUAGCACUUUAGUUGCAGUAGGAGCACAUUCUCCUAAGCCAGAAUUUUUAGAGGAUUGUUCGAGAACUGUCUGUUACCUGGAUCAGCAACAAAAUAAGUGGAAAACCUUAACCAAACUGCCAGACGAAGCAAGUACAUCUCUUGCUGGGAUCACUGUCCUGGACAAUAAAGUUUAUAUAGUCGGUGGAGUUUGUGGAGUCAAUAAGCAAGCAGUGGAGCAAAGUUUUUGUUAUGAUGUCAGCAGUAAUACCUGGAGUAAGUUCCCUAGUCCACAGCAGCUAAGGUAUGACCUAGCACUUACAAGCAAAGAAGGCUAUUUGUAUGCAAUAGGAGGAGAAUAUGAAAGAACCCUGCUGGCCUCUGUUGAGAAAUAUGAAGUGAGCAGUAAAGUCUGGUCCUUUGGCUCCCACUUACCUCAGCCAGCAGCAUGCACAGCAUGUACGCAGACCAUGGGGAGAAUAUUCAUUUGUCUGUGGCAGCCUUUGGACACUACAGAGAUAUACGAAUAUGAAACAAAUAAAGAUAAGUGGCUUCUCAUUGCCACUUUAAAAAGAUCACAGAGCUAUGGGCAUUGUCUGGUAUCUCACAGGGAUAACCUCUAUAUCAUACGAAAUGGACCUGCUGAUGAUUUCUUGAGAUGCAUGAUCGACCGCUUUAACCUGACCACUUUGCAGCUGACCACACUUUCUGGACAGUAUGUGAACAGCAAAGGGGCCUUAUUCAAUGCUGUUGUCAGAGGUGACACAGUUUUAACAGUGAAUAAAAUGCUGACCCUCAUGUACUCUAUAGAAGAAAAUAGAUGGAAACCAAGAAAGGAAUGUACUGGAUUUCCAAGAGGUGGUACUGUACACACAUUCUUACUGAGAAUUCCAAAAAAAGUGUUACAUUCUGAAGCAGACUUAAUAUACUUUGAAAAACAUUUAUAGACAACGUUUUUUAGAGCUGAAAAUGGUUUCUUUAAAUGGUGUUUUUGAGCUCAAGUUCAAUCUUUAUUAAUAUGUUUACAAAAAUGGGUUCUAAACAAUGAAGCUAGGUAGAUCCAAAAAGUAACAUAUUAGCACAUGUAUCUGUGUAGGGUAAUUUAGCAUGAGUCAGUGUAAGGUAACAUUUGCUGUUGAUAAUUCAUCCUCCAAGUUUGCAAUGUAAAUAAAGUGCCCCAAUGCAUUAGAACUGUUUGUUUAAGAGAGUGUGUAAAUGUGUUUGUGUGUGUGUGAAUGUGGAGAGGAUAUAUUUGUGUGUUUCUGCAUUUACUACAAGUAAUAGAAAUUACUACUACAGACACUUUUCUCUUGUUGAAUAAACAUUAGCACAAACAUA